CUUAUAUGAAAUUUUAGAAAACCACAGCACCUCAUAGAAAAACCUGAAAUAGUAACACCCCAAAGAUAGAUGCCAGAAGCCGAGCCCUAAAUAGCAAUGAUGCGAACGCAAAAAAUUUGCGCCCAAAAAUUACAACGAGAUCAAGUUGAAAAAUCCUAACUGUGCGCCGUGGAGUCACUGCUUCGGAACGUUUAUUUGCGCAAGGAGUUGCCAUUGUUGCUCGGGUAUGUGUUUACCGCAUGCGUGGACGUACUUCAUUCCCUGGUUCGGGUUUAUGAGCGAAUUUGCAUAAUACUGGAAAGAAAUUUGGGGUUUUAUCAUCCUGAUCAUGCGCAUCUUCAAUUUUUAGAUCCAAGCUGUCAAAUGCAAUGUAAUUGUAUCAGUAAAAGUUGUUAGUGUUAAAUUCGUCAAUAUCGCUUUAGAUCUAGGAAUUAGUGGACGAAAAUGAAAUGGAUUGGCAUUUGCAACUAUCACCUUUUCCCUUCUUAUUUUGAAAGCUUUUCAACAUUAAGCAAACAUGAGAAACAAGUUUAUGUAUAAACAAGCAGCUAAAACUGUUUAUUGAUCUGACUCUGAUAAAAGUAGUGCCCUUUAUGAUUGGAUAUAAUUAAACAUACAAGUUUAAAAUGCUACUCAUAUAAUGAACUGUAGCGGUGUCCAAGUUCUGUUGAUACAAUUUUUAUAUGCUGCACUGUCUUUUAAUAUUCCCUUGAAACUUAUAUUUGAGGGUAAAUUUCUAGUCCAUGAGCAAGCGUACGGAAAGAGGCCUCUGUUAGUUUUUUUGUAAGUACAUUUUUCUUAGAAGGCUCUUGUGCUUAUUCACUGGUUUUUUUAAUGUGUCUUGUUGCAUCUCAUUUUUCCACGGAUUGCUUCCUGGUGGAUAACCAAGCAUAGUGCCAAAAUCUCAAGACUAUUUAUUCCACGGUCUAAAGAAGUCUGAAUAAGAUGUCAAGCGCAUGGACAAAUAUGAGCCUUGCAAUCAUACAUAGGGAUGUAGAAUGGGAGUGGGAGAAGUCAGAGUGGAGUUUUUGCUAUAUUUAUAUAAUUGGAAGUACUUGCUCACUAUCUGAAGAGCUUUUGAUCUGGCAAAAAAAUUAGAGGAUGAGGAGAUCAUAUUUUAAUUCAAAUAUAUAAUUGCUUUGGAGUAUCUUGGAGCAUAUGAGCAGCGGAGCUUGUGGAGCACCGCUCACCUCAAGGAUUGCUCUCUUGAAGAAUUUUUCUUUGACUUCACCUGCAAAGAUCAAGAAUGAGUGGCCGUUUCUCCCGAACUAUCUAUGUUGGAAACCUUCCUGCUGAUAUCAGGGAAUCAGAAGUAGAAGAUUUAUUUUACAAGUAUGGCCGUAUCUUGGAUAUUGAACUGAAGAUUCCACCUCGUCCUCCUUGCUAUUGUUUUGUGGAGUUUGAGAAUGCUCGGGAUGCGGAAGAUGCAAUGAGGGGCAGAGAUGGCUAUAACUUUGACGGCUGUCGUUUGAGGGUUGAACUUGCUCAUGGUGGUAGAGGACCAUCAUCCUCCAGUGAUCGUGGUGGUUAUAGUGAAAGGGGUGGUGGUGGGGGAGGCGGAAGUGGCAGCAGUGGUGGCAGGUUUGGUAUGUCCCGCCAUUCUGAUUAUCGAGUGAUUGUCCGUGGGCUUCCUUCUUCCGCUUCUUGGCAAGAUUUAAAGGAUCAUAUGCGGAAAGCUGGUGAUGUGUGUUUUGCUGAAGUUUCUCGUGAUAGUGAAGGAACAUAUGGCCUAGUUGAUUAUACAAAUUAUGAUGACAUGAAAUAUGCUAUGCGUAAGCUUGAUGAUAGUGAGUUCAGAAAUCCUUGGACCAGAACUUAUAUCCGGGUAAAGGAAUAUAAGGGCAGCCCAUCCAGAAGCCGAAGUGGGAGUCGCAGCAGAAGUAGAAGCCGAAGCAGAAGCCCGAUGAGGAGAAGAAGCAGGUUACCGGAGCGAUCGACUUCAAGAUCACCCCCAGUGUCGCCUGUUAAACCAUCCCGUUCCAUAUCGAGCUCUCGAUCAAGAUCAAGGUCCAAAUCGAGGUCUGCAUCUCCACUCCCUUUGAGGUCCGGCAGUUCCUGAUUUUAUCGGUGCAAUGUAAACACAAACGCAGAACUUUCGUGGCAUAUGAUUUGUGCCCGGACUAUGUGGCUUUAUACUGGAACUUCUUUCUUCAUUGAAUAUUAUUAUAACUUGAAGUUGGGGAUGUUUGUUGUUAUCGUUUUAGAGAUCUGGUUGAUUCACAAAUUGGUUUUCGCUAGAAAAGAUUUGUUUGGUUAUGGUUUGUGCUGCUAGAUGGACAAUUAGUUAGACAUUAUCCGCAUUCAGGAUUUGUAUCUAACAUGUCUGUCGAGCUGAAACAUUUUACA